UCAGCCCUCGUUGCGGCGGUACGUGAAAACAAAACGCACAGUGUUGAUAAACGCACUUACAUGGACACUGCGUGCAUGUGUGCAAAUGUUUUAUUCCGAAUGUGUGUGAUGUAAAUUAAAAGUCUUUCUAAUUUCGCAUUUAAAAUAUAUCUGUGCUAAUACUCGAGUCAUAUUUUCACUGAGAAUUAAUUCACAUAUCGAACAAAAACACGACGUUUUUUAUUUACUAAAACAAUAAUAUAUACAUUCACGUUUAUACUAUUGUUACACAAGAAAACCCAAAUAGAUUUAAAAAUCUUGUUGUUGUUGCCUUUCCCCCCUUUGAGACAAACACAUUACGAUACGAAUCGAAUCGGUAUUAUGAGCAUUUGGAGUGUGAGAUGUUUGUGUCAAAAGUUCUGUCGACAGGCGCAUAUAUUAGCCAACAGACGAAUCAUACAACCUGCACAUCGACUUCCCCAAUCGGUAUAUGAGAUCAGCCGGCCAGCCCACAACAGUUUGUAUCAAAUGGUAAAAAAACGUACGCUCGAGGCACGCUCAAAAUUACAAGCCAAUAAAUAUCCGAAUCAGAAUGCCUGCAUGAAAGUGGCCCAAAAUGUGGAAUUUAUACCCGAUCUAGUUGACGAUGUUGCAUCAUCUACUAAUAUGUCCAAUAUAAAAAGCUCCCAAGUCAACUUCUCAACCGCUGCUGCUGCAAUGCAAGAACCACAAUUUCGAGUGGGCUAUGCGGACUCUCGACCGUUAUCCACUGCACAGGACGUACUAAAGUCUUCGCAAUGCGAGAAACCGUCAGCGUUGAAUGUGGACAAAUCUGAUGAUAUUUGCAAAGAUCCUUGCGAAGAAUUCCAUCGCCUGCGCCGAGAGUCCGCUAUAUCGCGUGGAGGCAGUGGAGGCGGUGGAGACGAUGGUGAUGAAGAGAAGGCUCAGGAUGAUAAGCUAAGAAAGCUAAGAUUGCGAUGCAUUAUUUGUGCCUUGGCGGCGCUUUUAGCCGGUGGCUUCAUCGCCUGGUUUUGGUCACGUCGUAGAAGUUUUGACGACGAUCGCGAGAGCUCCGAUGAUGCUUUAAAGCGGGCCAAGAUCUCUGGCUAUAUUACAACCCCUAUCAGUUCAGAUAAAAUUCCGGCGCAUGUUCCAUAUGUAAUUGUGGGUGGCGGCACUGCCGCCUUCUCCGCGUUUCGUGCAAUCAAAUCAAAUGAUGCCAAGGCUAAAGUUUUAAUGAUUAGCAAUGAGUUUCGCAAACCAUAUAUGCGUCCACCUUUAUCCAAGGAGCUUUGGUAUACACCAAAUCCCAACGAGGAUCCCAUAAAGGAUUACCGCUUUAAACAGUGGACCGGCUCAGAGCGCAGUUUGUACUUUGAGCCAGAUGAAUUUUUUGUAGACCCGGAAAAGUUGUCAGACAGCGUAAACGGCGGCAUAUCCGUAGCUCAAGGGUUUUCUGUGAAAAAAGUGGAUGCACAGAAACGUAUUGUAACAUUAAGUGACGGCUAUGAAAUCAGUUACGAUAUGUGUUUGAUUGCUACUGGCUGCUCGCCCAAAAAUCUAUCCAUGUUCCGAGACGCCCCACCCAGUGUGCAGGAGAAGAUUAUGGUUUAUCGCACGCCAGACGAUUUUGAUCGUCUGCGUCGGUACGCACUCCAGAAGCGUUCGAUUACGAUCGUCGGAAAUGGUUUCGUUGGUAGCGAGCUAGCAUGUUCGCUGGCCCACUACUCCAAACAGAAUAAGGGAGGCAAAGUCUAUCAGGUGUUCCAAGAGAACGGCAACAUGUCUAAGGUAUUGCCCAACUAUUUGAGCGAGUGGACAACACAGAAGAUGAGGGAUCAGGGCGUUUGCGUGAUAACCGAAGCCAGCAUACGCACAGCCACACGCGAUGAAUCACAAUUGAAGCUGGAACUAAAUAAUGGCAUGUCUCUGUUAACUGACAUUGUGGUAGUCUGUGUGGGCUGUUCGCCAAAUACUGCAAUGGCUGGUGCCUCGAAGCUGGAAGUCGAUCGUGGCUUGGGUGGAUUUGUGGUAAAUGCCGAACUAGAGGCACGUCGUAAUCUGUUUGUUGCCGGUGAUGCAUCUUGUUUCUAUGAUCCACUGCUGGGACGCAGACGUGUCGAACACCAUGAUCAUUCUGUGGUAUCGGGACGACUAGCUGGCGAGAAUAUGACCGGAGCAAAGAAACCGUAUACCCACCAGAGCAUGUUCUGGUCCGAUUUGGGUCCAGAGAUUGGUUACGAAGGUAUUGGUCUCGUGGACUCCUCGCUUCCCACAGUAGGGGUCUUCGCAAUACCCUCGAACAAUGAAAAGCGCUCGGACUGCCAUACAGAGGUGCGUACAGAUGCCAAUGCUGAGGAAAAUCUGAAAAUAGUCAGCGGACCCGAUGUGACCUGUAAUUCGAGCGAGUCGCCAAAUUACGGCAAAGGCGUCAUCUUCUAUCUGCGGAACGACAAAAUUGUGGGAAUUUUAUUGUGGAAUUUGUUCAAUCGCAUUGGACUCGCACGCACGAUAAUCAAUCAAAACAAAUCUUACGAGGAUUUAAAUGAGGUUGCCAAACUAUUUGAAAUACACGCGUAAUAAUGCGCUCGAGAGAAUAUGUCCUUAAUCAAGCCAAGCCAGCUGUAUAUAUAUGUUAUAGAAUGGAUCCAGAAGCUACCGUUGUCAAUGUCGUCGUCGCCGUUGUCGUCGUCGUCGUCGUCGUCGCCGUCGUCGUCGUCAUCGUCAUCACCAUCGUCGUCGUCGUCAUCAUCAUAAUCGUGGCCACCCUACGUUCCAUGUCAGUAGUUAAAUGCAUACAUAAAUCCUAGAACCAUAUGUAUAUAUAUAUAU